AAGGCGGUAAAUAAAAGACGUCUUUGAAGUUGAUCGGCUUUGAUCUGCUGUGCAUUUGAUUAGCAGCUGUAAUGCCUGUCUCAGAUGUUAGGUGGGCGUUAUCCCACCAGUUGCCAGUGUUUGCGGUUUAUGGAACAAAGAGGAAGGUGGACUGGCAGACAGAACCAGAUCAAAGCAUCAGUUCGGAGGUACCUGCGAAGAGAGUGUGUCCAAGUCUUGCUGUUUCAGGGAAUGGAAUGAAUGAUUUGCUUAACCAUGACACAAUUACUCAUAAUAAUGAAGGACAAACUCCAAUAAAUGAUAUUCAGGAAAAUCAUCAUGAACAUUUCUCAGAAAACUCUGUGAACAUUUCCAUGGAUUCUACCCCGCAUCAACAAGACAACUGGAACAACAAUGCAUUUUGUCAUCAACAUCAACAACAGCCAGACCAACAGCAGCAGCAGCAACAACAGCAGCAACAACAACAACAUCAACAAUUUCCUGUUGCCAUGGCUGUUCAAAACAGUGCCACCUCUUGCAAUGACAUGGUCAUGGACCUGUGUGACGAGACUUACUCCUACACACAGCUGUUCACAGAGACAGAUCCUGUAGCCAGCACGAUGGAUUCCGACUUCAUCCCGGAUUACCAGCAGUAUAAGAUAGCUUUCUGUGAUUCAAACUGCGUAGGUGGAGACCGAAGUCCAACGUCUGGUAAAGUCCGAUGCUACUGCAAACCUUCGUGGGAAGGGCUCACUGACCCACGGAUGUAUAUAUCGGACUACUAUUAAAUUCCACUUGAUCUCACUGUAUUUUUUAUACUUGCCAUGUAGUUCACAAGUUGUUUUGAACUUCUCUAAGACUAUAAACCGGAGAAUAACAGGGUUCUGACAACCUGCUGUUAAAAUUGAGUUCCACGAGUUCUGACGAGUGAUAAAUAAUUGCCCUAUAAGCUUCAGGAGUGAUUAGCAGGUUGUUUAUUUAACUUACGAAAUAUAAAAUAUUGUAAUUUAAAUGAUCCCAACUUAUAUGUAAUAAUAAUAAUAAUAACAUAGGGAUGUAUCAAACACUAAGGUCAGCCAUGGUUAAACCAGCUUCUGUUCAGACAACCAACGAAAGGUGUGCUGGUACCUUAUUUUAGGUGGACGAUAUAAAAAAAACCCAUUCUGACAUGAAAUUAUGGUGUUUACAAGUGCAAAUGCACACGUCAGAUGGGGAAGACUGGUUAUGCUUAUACUGUGAGUUCAAGCUACAGUGAUCUGUUGUUUUACCACAUCAUUGAAUGAGUGGGACAUUUACUCUCUACUGUAUAAUGAGAAUCACAAAGUUACAUUUUGUAUUAAUGUAUAAUGGAUCUGAAAUGUUUAACGCAUAACAAACAAAGAAAAGACAAAUAUGUCAUUUAGAACCCUGUAAUUCUCUAGUCUUGAAAGUAGUGCCUUGUGAAAUAUAUAUAUAUAUAUAGUGUGUGUGCAUAAAAUACCUAUAUUUAUUAUUGUUUUCUGAUGGUAUCAACUAUUAUGUUUUACCUUUAUCAGUUUAACUUGGUUUAUUGUUGCACCUGUGAAAUUUUUGUUUACUGUUUUUUCGUUAUUAUAGGUACAUUAGGUGCUAUUUUAUUUGAUCACAUGUUAUCUUAUCGGUCACAAGGGUGUUUUUAUAUAUUUUUUGUUGGCCUCUAGUACUAGGAUCAAGAUCCUAUACUUAGCCAAAAAAGUUUAGCAAUUUGGUAAAUGUGCUUAAAUAAAAGAAAACUUGUGACUUACAAAUAAAACCAGACACUGGAUUUAAUUGCUUGGGGGUCCAUACACGGAAAUUGUCAGUAACGUGUCUGAGCAUCUUGGGCAUUGCGUGUUGACAGUGGUACAACAUUGGCUGAUGCUUUCAGAAGGUGGAUAUCUGGAAUAGUGAUAACGAGUUUAAGCAUUUUAAAGGUUGUGAAUAUGCACAUGCAGUGAAAUAUUUGGGUAUGGCACUAUGGAAUUGAAUGCAACUACAGUCAACGGGGGGUAUGGGGGUCCUCUCCCACAAAGAAAAUGGGUUACAUUUAGGGUUAGGGUUAAGACAAUCAUACAAUAAUGAUAAAAGUAAUUAAUUUUGUCAAAAUGUUAACUUAAAAAAAUAAUAAUUUGGGUAUGGUGCCAUACCCAUUUUACCCUCUGGCAGAAACCCUGACAUAGUUCUUUCACACCCUACGACCCAACAAAUCCCAUACCUGUACAAUAAGUAAAAAGUCAGGUGAUCUUUCAAGCCAGUUUAGUGCCUCAGUAUUGUUCCUUUGAAGAAGUCCAGUCGUUGUUAGUCUGGCUGAAUGUUGGUGUGCAAUGCCCUGUUGAAACAAUGCCUGGAUACUGCUGCUUGAAUAGAAUGACAACUGGUGUGAUGAUUUCGUAAUGCUGAGCAUUUAGAUUCCCAUGAAUGAUGAAAAUGAGGUUGUUUUGUUUGAUAUCAUAAAUUCCUUCCCACACCAUUACACUACCACCAACACAUCGGUCAUGUUCAGUACAUGAAGUGACGUUGUACCACUGUCGGUGCCCAUUGUACUCAAACACAGAUUUUUGUGUAUGGACCCCAAGCACCAUUUAACAACAUGGUAGUCGCACAAUUCAUUUUGUAUUGAAAAUAUCCGGUUACUUAUACUGACAAUUGAUGCCUUAAUUAUAUCCAGUGUCUGAUUUUAUUUUGUAAGUCACAAGUUUUCUUUUAUUUAAGCACAUUUACCAAUUGAAAUUUAUACAUUGAAACAAACCGUUUCAAACUUGGAUUUUUUACUUUUACUCUUAUUAUACAAACAUUAAAAUAAAGCCAGCCGUUGAUCACAGAUACAUUUUACCAACUGUUUUGGGUCUCUCCUGCACUUGAUGAUUCUCCCGACUUGGUUAACUAUGGGGUGGGACAUAUAGUCCAGUGGUAAAGUAUGAUGUGUGGUCAGCCUACGAUUGAUCCCGUUCGAUGAGCUACAUUCCAACCAGUGGGUUUCCUCUCAGACUCUUAUUAUUUGUGUGGUCUUAAACCAGGCCGUAGAAUUAUAAUUGUGUUCAGUGCAUCAUUAAAUAAAAACAUUCUUUGCCUUUGGUUAAAAAAAAAGAAGAAUGAAUUUAGUUUUUUGUAAAUUAAUCAUGCUUUGAUGCAAAAGUAUUUGAUAUUCAUAUCAAGCGUUUACAGAAUCAUGUCAAAUAAAUAGGCUGGUUUAUUUUAAAGUCAACAUGUAUUAAAGUAAUGCUAAUAUACUCACACAUAACAUCAAAUAAGGGAAUAAUCUUUUUGUUCUAAACAUUAAUUUUAUUUCACACUGCAAAACUUGCAGUGGAAGUUUGAUUGUGCUUUAAUCUGUUAGGUUUUUUUUAUUAACAGUACACAUGUAGGUUUUUUUUAUUAACUACACAUGUAGGUUUAACUAAAUGAAAAAUAGUAAUAGUAAAAUAUUUCUAAGUUGUAUGAAUGUUCUAUUCUGGAUAUUAUAAUAGUUGUUAGGAAGGGUUUGUUUUCCUUACAUGAUGGAAGCAAAAGGGGGAUAACUGAUGACAGAUUGAUAGCACACAAUAAUUAGGAGAAAGACUAUUUCAAUGAGGCCCGACUGUUUAGUGCCAUUAUUUUAUUAUUAUUAUUAUUAUUAUUCAUGUCUUUGUUUAAUUUGAUAUUCAAUUUUAAAUAUUUUAUUUCACAUAUAUAUUUUUUUAAAGUUCUUAUUUUGUUUUGAUAAAAACUAGAAAUUAGUGGUUUUAGAAUUUAAUAAAAAAUGAACUUCUGACAAACCACUGUGUAAUACACCUGCAAAAUAUUGUACAUAUCAUUAUCAACAAUAUUCCACCAAUCAAGUCCGGAACCAUGUAUUAGAAUACCGUACUGGAAUUAAUGAAUUCUUAGAAAAUGUUUAAAAAGUAACAGUGGUUUUACACACCCCCCCCCCCCCCCCCCCCCCCCAUUAAAUGUGCAUAUCAUAUAUUAACAUUUUACAUGCUACUUUUUUUCAUUAGUUGUUAAAGUUUUUUGUUUUGUUUUGUUAUUUAUGUGUUCUUAGUGUAAUGUCUGCUCACUGCAAUGUUACAAUUAGUUGUGUUUUCAUGUCUGUGUGGAAUAGUUUUGCCUCAUACUUGUUAGUUUUGCUUUCUGAUAUGCCAACUUAUUUAAAGGAAUGUUUUCACCAAUUUUUUUUUUUUAAAUAUCCAUUUUUAUUUGCUCUGACCAGCAAUAAAGUCAGGGAUUAAGCGUUGCCUUAAAAUACUGGAAGUUAAAAGUUUAUAAACAUCAUGUACAUAUAAAAGAUAUAAUCAUCGUCAAUGAGGAGUGCUAAUUAGGAAAAAAAAAAGAAAAAAGAAAAGGUAGAUUACAAGUAUUAAUAAACCAAUGAAAUAAUUUAUAUUUUUAUAUUUGCGAGCAAAUAAAGCAUCAAUAAACAAAGAUGUUUUUUUGUUUUUGUUUUUUUUACCAUUUUGGUAUUAACAAUAUGCAACUUUCUUUCAUCGAAGCAAAUUGAAGAUGUGAUUAAAAAGCAAAUCUGCACACAAAAAGCUGGUGUGAAAUGUUUUCUUCGUAAUGUUUUCCCAUUAUUUCAUACUGGGUAUGUUGAAUUGUGUUUUCAUUAUACAUGUACCUGUUAAAAAGGUAAGAUGUAAUUACUUAAAUGAUUGUCGGUGUAGAAACUACCUUUAAUAUUUUGACAUCUUCAUUGAAUCCUAUUAUUGCAUGUUCUUUCAGUAUAUUAAUACUUUAUCAAUUUUUAACCAUGUUAAAAUAGAAAACGAAUAUUUCGAGAUGAUGAUAAUGUUGAAGAAAUCACUGAGAUUUAACAUACCGAUUUAUUUAUUUUAUUAAAACAUGCUAAUUUAAUACUGAAGAAAUUACUAAAUUAAUUUUCAAGUGAUAAUUAGAACUUAUUUUUUAUAGUCCAGGGAAGACCUGUCUCAUAUGUUAAUCAUUAUACCAAAGUGAAGUAAUGGAAUUGGAAAUUAUUUUAUUAUUCAUUUGAAUCUCAAAAGAAUUGCAAAAAUUCCAAUUUAUAGCACUUGCAAAAUGGUUUCUUUUGGUGCUUAUACUUUUAAUAAAAUUGUGUAUUAUAUAACAAGCCAUCACUUUAUGACCACUCCACAUAUCAUUUUUGAAAAUUUGAGAUCUGUCAAGUAGUUGACCUUAAAAGUUUAUUAUGUGAAUCUUUUCUCUUGUUUUGGUUAUUGUUUUUACCAAUGAUAUACGAUGAAAAAAAUAUUCUCAGUGAGAACUAUGCACAUCUUUUAUCCAUAAUACAUGUAAAAACAAAUUGUUCACUGGUGCAUUUUUUGUAAAGCUGAAAAUAAAAUAUUUAAAUUUA